GAGCCGGACGCUGCGUAAGAAAACUGGCGCUAGCAGCCGAGCGGCGACCGUCAAGGCGAAGAAAAUGAAAAUGGCUUCAAGAAAUUGGGUGUUAAAAACGACACAAACGGGACUUGUUACAAACUUCUAAUGCACGAUUUUAGAUGCUCGUAAACCGUCUCCUGGCUCUAAACCCGAGGAAUGAGCGACGCAGUUUCACCGGCUCACCAGGAGGGGGCGACGAGGACGGGACCCUCGACUGGGCCGCGUCUCAAGUCCAGUAGCUAGGAUCGUAUCCUGAUGGCGAAGCAAAAAGAUGCUGCUUUGAAACUCGGGAAAUCCUGCGUUUUGAACCGGAUGGUUAUUUUCCGUGGACGUACUCGUACGGCCGAUUAAAGACGGUCGACGUUGAAGGUUUUCUCUUCGUACUGCAUAUCUUCCUCUCCUUCGUCCCUCCUCCUCCGCCCUCCCCCCUUGCCCCCUGUUGUGCUUGACGUUUUGGUGGCUGUGUGGUUUGUAUGGCAGCGGCGUAACCGUGGAGAGGCCGGGGUAUCACAAGCUUAUGGAUUUUGAUAAGAGAGGUGGCGGUGGAGGUGGAGGGAAAGGGGACACGGAGGAAGGGAAGAAGAUGUCUAAGACCGGAGGGAGCAGGUCCGGUCACACCGGUCGCACUUCGGCGCCCAACUCGGGCGUGCUCAUGGUCGGACCAAACUUCCGCGUGGGGAAGAAGAUCGGCUGCGGGAAUUUCGGCGAACUUCGGCUCGGGAAGAAUCUCUACACCAACGAAUACGUAGCCAUAAAACUGGAGCCGAUUAAAUCCCGAGCGCCGCAGCUCCAUCUGGAGUACCGGUUCUACAAACAGCUCGGUACCUCGGAGGGUGUUCCUCAGGUGUACUACUUCGGUCCUUGUGGGAAAUAUAACGCCAUGGUGCUGGAGCUUCUGGGGCCGAGUCUAGAGGAUCUGUUCGACCUGUGUGACCGAACCUUCUCUCUCAAAACUGUGCUCAUGAUCGCCAUACAGCUGAUAACACGGAUGGAGUACGUUCACACCCGCAGCCUGAUCUACAGAGACGUGAAGCCGGAGAACUUCCUGGUGGGCCGGCCGGGCAGCAAACGGCAGCACACCAUCCACAUCAUCGACUUCGGCCUGGCCAAAGAGUACAUCGACCCCGAGACCAAAAAACACAUCCCGUACCGGGAACACAAGAGCCUGACGGGCACGGCGCGCUACAUGAGCAUCAACACUCACCUGGGCAAAGAACAGAGCAGGCGGGAUGACUUGGAGGCGCUCGGUCACAUGUUCAUGUAUUUCCUGCGAGGCAGUCUGCCCUGGCAAGGCCUGAAGGCCGACACGCUGAAAGAGCGCUAUCAGAAAAUAGGAGACACCAAAAGAGCGACUCCCAUCGAAGUGCUCUGUGAGAGCUUCCCAGAAGAGAUGGCCACGUACCUGCGCUACGUCAGGAGACUGGACUUCUUCGAGAAACCGGAUUAUGACUACUUGCGCAAACUCUUCACGGACCUCUUUGACAGGAACGGCUACGUCUUCGACUACGAGUACGACUGGGUCGGCAAGACUCUGCCGACUCCAAUAGGACCCAUUCCCACUGACGCACCGAUCCAGUCCGGCAGCAGAGAUAAAGCACAGCAGCAGACCAAAAACCAGUCUCCUGAACCAAAAGGAAGUGAAUCCCAGCCGACUCCUGUGACCAACAGGGAGCUCCUGGGCUCGCAUCUCACCGCUGAUAGGCUGGGGGGCUCUGUGCAGGUCAUGAGUUCUACCAACGGCGAAGUGAACACGGACGAUCCCACAGCGGGUCAUUCGAACGCCCCCAUCACUGCUCCUGCUGAGGUCGAGGUCACCGACGAUACAAAGUGCUGCUGCUUUUUUAAGCGGAGGAAGAGGAAAGGCCUGCAGCGGCACAAGUGAAGAGUGGAAGGGUGGAGAGAGAGACAGAGAGAGAGAGAGGACUGGAGUGUGGAGCGCUCCUUUAUCGUGUGUGUGUGUGUGUGUGUGUGUGUGUGUGUGUGUGUGUGUGUGUGUGUGUGUGUGUGUGAGUGAGAGAGUGAUAUGAACGUGAACGCAGAUGGACAGUUUAAUCCUGUAUUUUAGAUCACAUUAUCAGAGGACUUAAAGCAAAUGUUUAAACGAUGAGUGUGUUUAAUUUUAUGGGAUCAAAGUAAGAAACUGAGGGGAGGAGACUACAGACUGUGAUGCUCCGAGUCAGGAAACGUCCGGAAACGUCCGGGAACGCAAACCGGAAUCGCUCUGCUUCUGUAAAUUGUCUGGGUUUUUUUGUUUUGUUUUGUUUUGUUUUUAAUGUAAUUUAAAAUGAAGAUGUUUUGGAGCUCUGCUUA